AUGAGAAGACCGCCCCCACGUGCUCCGGGUUGGGAAUGGAAUGCGACUGAAGGGGAGCAGGACAGGAGUCCAACUGCGCUUGCACAUCAUUCCUUCAUGCAAGUCCAUCCAGCCAUGAUGAGCGAGGAAACCUCUCACCAUGCGAUGGAGGGUUCCAUGAACUGCAACCCACCAUUCUUCCCUCCCCCCUUCUCACAGCAGUUCCACACCGCGGCGUUCUUUCCUUUUGGCUCUCCGUCCAUUGCAGCCCCGCAGCCUCAUCCUUCUCUUCCUAUUGAUCACCCCCAUGGAGUUUUCUUCUAUCCUCCUCUUCUUCCUCAUCCUCAUCCCACAGCUGCGCAGAUCGUCUUUCAUGGAGCACCGAACCCGCUUCACCCUCAUCCUCUCAUGCCUCCUGCGAUGCAGGAAACGCACUCCAGCCUGCCAGAGCAGCACAUGCCAUUCCCCGUGCACAACCGACUGUGUCAUCCUUAUGGCAGCAGCUUCUAUGAUCCAGUGAGCGGGACAGGAUCGUCGACGAGCCUAGAGCCAAACCGCGACCUGCUAAGAAACGAAGAGAAGCAGGACCACGGGCCCUCUCCACAACAGGUAAGGACAUCAGUCCUCCAAACGAUGGACGAGCAGGGAGAUGGAAGCAGGAGCACGAAGAAGAGAAUCUUGACAAGGAAACCGGAGAGUCCCGAUCGGAAACCCUCCAAUAGACCGGAGGAGAGGCGAGAGGUCGGACUGAGGAAGGGAUUUCCUCAAGCAGCGGAUGCUCUGGAUGUCAACAGGAGGCCCCUGAUCAACAAUGAAGCAAAGAGGAAGAAGCGGGAGGUCCCGACGAAGCAGCGGAGCGGUCCUCGACCCGGCAACGUUGACGUGCAGUACGACGACCAUCUGCCUGAGGACGCGGUGGAGCAGCUGGAGAGGCUGCUGGACGAGGUGGUGAGAGCUGACAGGGACAUGGAGAACCUCUCGCAGGAGCUCCGCGGACUGAAUCUCUCCAUGGACGGGGAGAGCUGGAGGAGGACGGACGACGAGACUUCCCUGCUCGAGAGCGGGGAGGAGCGGCUGCUGGCCCUCGACCUCAGCCCUGACUCUCCGAUCUUCUCCUUGGACCAAGGGGCUACCCACACAUGCCACACGCUCAAGACGCACGAGAUGCAGGGCGACAGGAGCUUCAACCUCGACGUCUCCGCUGAGUCUGCGUACGCCAGGGAGGUCGAGGAGGGAAGAGGUGACGGUGGUCAGGACAGUUUGGAAGAGGGUGUGAGCUUACAGGAAGCCCCGGACCCGGAGGCAGACGCGAGCAUGAGAAGAACCCUCCACCGAUCGCACAGCGACACCGAUGCGCUCACGUCCCCUUCUCACACGGAAAGCAGCCGGAAACGAGAGCUGAAGAAAUCUCGAGCUAGCAAGCGAAGCAUGGUGCCCGAGAGCCCCAGGAGCGUAGGGGAUCCGCUGCUAGAGAGCGAGCAAGACCUUCUCCUCGAGUGCUCCACCAUCCUCUCAUACGAGAUGGACAAGCUGAACAGAAGUGGAUUCGUGCGAUACAACGGAUUCUUCCCAUCGAAGAUCAAGAAGCUGGAGAGGAUCCUCAAUGCUCUGACGCAGGAGGACGACGAUCUUAACGCCCUUCACAUGGAGCUCCGCAGCACCUUGUACGAGGAGUCUGAAACCGUGAGGGCAAGUACCCCAUGA